AUGGAUGUGUUUCUCAUAAUCCAGCACAAGAAGACCACCAUCUUCGCUGAGGGCAAGGAGUUGAGCAUGGUCUUGGAGCUCAAGCACAUUGUUGAGGGCAUUGUGAAGAGGCCUCCUGAUGAGCACCUGUUGAUCAAGAACAACCAGCUCCCUGAUGAGAUGAAGACUCUGUGGGACUGUGACUACACUAGCCAGGUAGCAAAGUCACAGGCCCCAACCACAGUGGGCCAGGCCUUCAGAACAGACAAUGCUUUUGAAAGCCUGCAUAUAGAACCCUUUUCUCAUCCUCCACUACUUUGA